CGUUGAUGCAGCGGACACGAAAACUUUCUCAUCCCAUCUCUCUUCCUCUCCCUCUUCUUCACUUCCUCUCCUUCAUCCUUCUCGUUCACCUCAUCACUCUCUCCUCACUCAUUCUCUCAUUGCAGCCUCAUGACCUUUGACAGACACCAACAGGCCGUGGAACUUCCAGGAACCAGACGACCUGGACAGACCGGUAUCUAUCGCCGCAAGGGCUUCGAGAACAAUUUGGUAUCCGUUCCUUCGUUGAGACCCAACGUCAAGACCGUCUACGACGCCUUCCAGCAUGGACUGAAAACUUCGCCCAAUGGCCCCGCGCUUGGCCGUCGCGUGUACGAUCCCAUCACAAAGACCUUCGGUGGCUAUGCCUGGGAGACUUACACUGAAGUAAACGAUCGGAUCACGCGCCUUGGAAGCGGUCUCGUCAAGAUCCAUCAGAAGGCCUACGAACUCCAGUCGGUUGCUCAACGAUGGUCCCUGGGCAUCUGGGCCAUCAACCGACCCGAGUGGACGAUUACUUCCGAGGCUUGCUCGGCUUAUAACCUGGUAUCCGUAGGAUUGUAUGACACACUAGGGCCCGAGGCGGUGGUCUAUGGUGUUAAUCAUUCGGAGUGCUCGAUUGUCGUUACAAGCGUGGAUCAUGUCGCUGCCUUGUUGUGCGAUGCGCACAAGAUGCCUGGUCUGAAGGCUGUUGUCAGCAUGGACAGUCUUGAGUCCGGUAAUUCCGCUCCUGGACGAGCGGGUGUUGGUUCGAUCCUCAGGACCUAUGCCCAGGACAAGGGCGUGUUACUCUAUGACUGGGCAGAGGUUGAGGCCCUUGGAGUCCAGUUUGGAAGAAAGCAUACUCCUCCGAGUCCCUCGGAUGUUUACACGAUUUGCUAUACCAGUGGCACUACUGGUCUGCCAAAAGGUGCCAUUUUGAGCCACGGUAACAUGAUCGCUGUCUUGGCUGCGGAAGAUUCGGCAAUGCCCAUGACCACCACCGACUGUGUGUUCAGUUUCCUACCCCUGCCCCACGUCUUUGGCCGACUCAUGGAGCUGUUCAUGUUCUCUGAAGGAGGAAGAAUCGGCUACAGCACAGGAGAUCAACUUCUGCUGCUUGAAGACCUCGCAAAUUUAAAACCAACUAUCUUCCCUUGUGUUCCCAGAUUGUUGAACCGAAUCUAUGCUAAGAUUCGCGCAGCUACUGUUGAUGCUCCUGGAUUGACAGGAGCGCUUGCCAGACGCGGCCUUGCUGUCAAGCUGGCCAAGCUGAAGGAGGGCAAAGGAUUCACCCAUCCGUUCUGGGACCGUCUACUCUUUGGAAAGGUCAAGCAGGCUCUCGGUGGUAAUGUGCGUCUUAUCUUGACUGCCUCGGCUCCCAUCUCAGCCGAAAUUUUAGGGUUUACCCGAGUUGCAUUCUGCUGCGAGGUCGUUGAGGCGUACGGUCAGACCGAGGGUACCGGAGCCGCGACCAACACCCUCAUUGGUGAGACCGAAGCUGGCCAUGUUGGUCCACCUCAAGUCUGCUGCGAAAUCAAACUGGAGGAUGUUCCCGAGCUCAACUACUUUGCCACGGAUAAACCCUACCCUCGCGGCGAGCUUUGCGUUCGUGGCCCGAGCGUCAUUUCUGGAUACCUCAAGGAUGAGGCCAAGACACGGGAGACGAUCGACGAGGAAGGAUGGCUACACUCUGGAGACAUCGCAAUUGUAGACAAUAGCGGCACCUUUACGAUCAUUGACCGCAAAAAGAAUGUGUUCAAGUUGAGCCAGGGAGAGUACAUUGCUGCGGAGAAUAUCGAGGGCAAGUUCCUGUCGAAGGUUCCAUUCCUUCAACAGAUCUUUGUCCAUGGCGACCCACAUGAGAGCUGCUUGGUGGCGAUUGUGAUCCCGGAUGCAGAGACAUUUAUUCCGUUCGUGAACAAGAUUCUGCAGGGCACCAACGUUCAGAUUGGUGACAUGGCUUCGUACAUGAGUAUCUGCAAUGAUGACAAGUUGCGGAAGGCUGUCCUCAAAGAGCUCGUCAAGGCCGGCAAGGAGGCUGGUUUGAAAGGAUUUGAAAUUCCCAAGGCCGUAUUGAUCGAGACCGAGGCAUUCACGGUCGAGAAUGACAAGAUGACGCCUACGUUCAAGCUCAAGAGACAUCCGGUCAUUCAAGAGUACCGGGAGCGGUUGACAGCGCUGUACAACGAGAUCCGCCAGUUCGAAUCCAAACUUUAGAAAAGAUGUCCUUCUGCGGUACAUAUACAGCGCGCAAGUCAACAGCAAAGUUACAAAUAAAACCUGCUCGCUGAGAACAAUGC